CGACACCGAACCGGAAGUGAAGGAGAAUUCCAGAAAGAGCGGCGGCACUACACACACUGAUCUCCUGCGACAACAAUCACAGCAAUAAUACCGACACAUACCGCAUUACAGCGGAAACACAACCGAGCGACACACACCGCAGUACAGCGGAACACACAAGCGAGCGACACACACCGCAGUACAGCGGAACACACAAGCGAGCGACACACACCACAACCGAUCAUGACGACCAUCGACUACAGUGUGUGGGAUCAUAUCGAGGUGUCCGAUGAUGAGGACGACACACACCCGAACAUCGACACGCCGAGUCUGUUCCGCUGGAGACACCAGGCGCGGGUGGAGCGGAUGGAGGCGUUCACACAGAAGGGUGUGGAGCUGGAGAAGAGCCUGAUGGAGAGCCGGAGGAGGCUGGUGGAGGCGCAGCGGCGGGUGCAGGAGCUCAGUUCCUCCUCCUCCUCCUCCUCGUCCUCUGAGCUGAGCCGUGCGCAGGCAGAGGAGAAGCAGCUGAAGAAGGAGGAGCGCAGCCUGCAGAGGAGGAUGGAGGAGCACCGGGCGGAGGAGAAGAAGAUGCCCUGGAACGUGGACACACUCAGCAGAGAGGGCUUCAGCAAGAGUGUGGUGAACGUGAAGCCGGAGCAGAAGCAGGAGACGGAGGAGGAGAAGGAGGAGAAACACAAGACCUUCGUGGAGAAACACGAGAAACAGAUCAAACACUUCGGUGAGUAAAGACGUG